CUUGAGGAGACGUGGUCGUCCUCCAUCGGUCGUCCUCCAUCUUCCUCCUCCUCCUCCUCUUCGUCUUUGUCCAUCAACUUUUCAUUCCUUUAUGAUUUGUGGAACUGAUCUUAUUUGCGCUGCGCGUCACCGUGUCUCCGGUCGGGACCGCGCAGAGCGCGCGCCGAGCAGCGUCAAGUGUUGAACGAAGCCACGUAUCAAGAUGUGCUGACGUCUCUGUGAAAUGGAAAUCUCUUCAAACGCAUCCGAACUGUUCCUCAACAGCAGCACGACUCUAAAUGGAACAGGGAACUACACCAACGACCAGUUCACUGAAGUCAACCUCCUGGAAAUCCUGGGUCCAAAACGCUCGCCCUUCUUCCUCCCGGUGAGCAGCAUUUACCUGCUCAUCUUCCUCACUGGCCUGUCUGGAAACCUGCUCACGUGUGCAGUGAUAGCCAAACACAAGAAGAUGCGUAACCCCACCAACCUCUACCUGGUGAGCCUGGCGCUCUCCGACCUCCUGGUGCUUUUGUUCGGGAUGCCGCUGGAGAUUUACGAUCUGUGGCAGAACUACCCGUUCCCCUUUGGCGAGGGCGGCUGCUACUUCAAGACUUUCCUCUUUGAGACGGUCUGCUUCGCCUCCGUCCUCAACGUGACUGCCCUGAGCGUGGAGAGGUACAUCGCUGUGGUGCAUCCGCUCAAAACGCGAUACCUGUUGACUAAUCAGCACGCCAGGCAGGUCAUCGCCAUCGUGUGGGUGGUGUCGAUGAUCUGCGCCAUCCCCAACACCUCGCUGCACGGCAUCUUCUACCUGCCAGAGAGAAUGGCGGAGUCGGCCAUAUGCACCGUGCUGAAGCCCCUGUGGAUCUACAACAUGGUCAUGCAGAUCACCACCGUGUGCUUCUACUUCAUACCCAUGAUGGUGAUCGGCGUUCUGUACCUGGUGAUGGGUCUUCACUUGGGCAGAGAAACGCAGCAGCCCAGCGACAACCUGGGGAAGAACUGCAGCAGCAGUCGGAGGAAGAUGAGUGGGGAGAGCGGCCGCAGGAGACAGGUCAUCAAGAUGCUGUCGAUCGUGGUGGCUGUGUUCGGCGUCUGCUGGGCGCCCUUUCACAUCGAGCGGCUCCUGUGGAGUUCCGUCAGCCAGUGGACCGACUUGAUGCACAAUAUUUAUCAGUACGUCCACAUCCUGUCUGGCGUCCUCUUCUACCUCAGCUCUGCGGUCAAUCCCAUCAUCUACAGUCUGCUCUCCACACGGUUCAGGGAGUGUUUCCGAGAGCUCGUGUGCUUCCAGACGGACGACAACAGCUCUGUCAGAGACUCGCCGGCUUUUCCCAAAAUCCUGCUGGAUCCCUCCGUCGCAGGCUCCAGAGCUCAGACCAGGGACUUCGUCCCUCUGCUGUCUCCGAUCAUGACGCUGAGCACGGACACUGCGACCGUUACACGUGCCUGUGACGAGGUGACCUGCAGCACCUCGCGUUUCUAAUGGACAGUUGAUUUGAAUGAGCCAAGAACAGCUGAUCCAGAACCACUUUGAAUUUGGUGAGAGAAGCUCAUUUACUCUCUUGCUGAGAGUUAGAUGCUCGAACCAGCAUCUUCGCAUUAAGAUGCAUAAAGACUGGAAAUAGGAGGAAACAUUGCGUCGUCAUGACAUCCACAAAUCGACCAGCAGCUUUA